CUCCUUUCACUGUCUCAGGGUGUUCCAUCUUGUCUGUCCAUUCACCUCUACACCACCACAAAACCAUCCUGACAAGGCCCUGUUCUUAACAGAAUGCUGCACUUUUYUGCAUUUUGACAAGCUUAGUGUAAAGACAUAAAAUAAGGGCAGAAGUCACUCAUACAGUCAUGAAGAGGUGGGUGCUGUAUGAGUGUACGGUUGGCCAGGGUAGCUUAAACAGAUUAAGAUUAGGAUCACUUUAUUGGUCAAUUGCACACAAGGUCCAACCAAAAUUUGACAUCUGCUUUUAACCAACCCAACCGAAAGACACACAUACACACACAGGCUUUUUAUGGAGAGGUGCUCGGGGCUGACACACUGGGCGCCCGGGGACUGUUAUUGUGCCUAGCUCAAGGGCACAACGGCAAGUAAUGGCAUCUAGGAUUUGAAACCCUCUGGUUUCAGCUCACUUCCCGGCAGAUUUUUCCCAUUGGAUCCGGAAUUCCAACUGGCAACCCUCCGGUUGCUGGUUCACCUCUCUAACCGCUAGGCUACCUGSCUCCAACAGUUCAUGGUAAUGACCAUCCCACCACAUCCCACACACAGGAACACAGGACACCUUGACUAUCUACUGUAUCCAGCAGCUGCACAACGUGUCAGCACAGAUUCAGCAGGGUGUUUCAGGGACUUUAGACACAAAGCUUAAUUUUCCGUUGGCGGUUCCACACUUCGAUACAUCUGAGGAAAGUCCCAAAUUGGCCCUGGUAACUAAAGAAUCAGCUGGGGGCGGGCACAGACAAGGUUGGGUGAGAAGUGUGUGUGUGUAUUGCGGGGAGGUGUGGUGUUUGAUGGAGUGAGAUGUGCAAUGACACAGAGGCCCAGAUCAGAAGGCUAUUUAAGAUUAGGAUCCCUUUAUUGGUCAAUUGUACAUAAGGUCACACUGAAAUUUGACCUCUGCUUUAUCUCAACCCCUCCAAAAGACACACAUACAUAUACAGUUUGGAGGAGGGGGAUGCCACAUUGGGCGCCCGUGGAGGAGGAGUUGUGGCGGGUUAAGUGCCUUGCUCAAGGGCACAAUGCCUUGCCCAUCAGAUCCCCCCCCCCCAUCUGACCCGGGAUUCGAACUGGCAAACCUCCGGGUGGCUCACCGCCCAGAAGGUUAUUUUCUCCAAUGACAGAGAGUCAUCCAGUCAAUGCUCCAUCCAGUUACUGCUACAGGAUGAGUUGAUCCCCAAUAGGCCUAUCAACUGUGGGGAGAUCCCGCUGAAUUGGUAAACCCUGGGAAACUAGUGGAAUGACACUGACAACACCAUAUGAUUGACCGAUUAGAUCACAGGUGUCAAACUCAUUCCACAGAGGGCCAAGUGGCUGCGGGUUUUCACUCCCUCUAUUGUACUCGAUUGAUGAAUCAAGGACACUAUUUAGUAAGGAACUUCAAACAACUGGUUGUCUAUUGCUUAAUUGAAAGGAAAAACCUGCAGACACUAAACCCUCCAUGAAAUGAGUUUGAAACCCCUGGAUUAGAUCACAUGCAAACCCUUUUUUCUCACAACUUCCUGGUGCCAAAUGCACUCUAUGCAGAAUUCUUGCAUUGCGUGCCAUUUUGCCAUCUCUAGCAGAGUUUGUGCUAGUCCUAAAUUAAAAUCCCAAAAAACAAUUUGGCAUCGUUGACAUAUUAGGUCAAUCCAUAGCCUAAACCGGGGUAAAACAGGAAUUCGAACAUUAAGUGAAUUAAAUCAAUCAUCUGUCUUAAUUAACAUUGAACACUUAAGUUAUAUAGGUUACAAUAAACCUUUAAUAUCUUAAAGGUGUUGGUUUAAAAAAAAAAAGUAGACCGUCAGAACGCACUGUUUGAGUUUGCAAACAGGAAGGUAAAGAGUUAAUUCUUAUACGAAAGGGAAAGCCCCAGUUUCGCGGAUUUGGUUAUGUGAAUGAGAGAGAGACAGUUUACGGACUAUUUGAUUCGUUGCAAUAAAAGGAGGAACAUAAUAGCCUACUGAUUUUCUUCACUUGCCUACCUGCAGUUAUAUUGCAGGUGUGUUACCGUCAGUUAGUUUAUUCGAAAGUCUUAUUUAUCAUAUUCAAAACAUUUACGAGUCAGUUGUGUGAUUUUAAUUUAUUUAAAUUAUCAGUGUCCACAAAUUCUCAAAAGGAACACUUAUGGAUUUGGAGAAUAGCUUCGAGCCAUUCUUGUAUUGGCAUGGCAAAUUACAUUAUUAAACUCCAAAUGCAAAACGACAUUUGGAUACUGUCGUGGAGAAGGAGACUGUGCCUAGGCUAUAGAAAACAUAAAUUGAAUUCGCAUUUGAAUCACUGCUAUGUUUUGAGACGACAAACACCUGAGGCUGAUUCCAGGAUAUUUGAUCCGUGUUCAUGCGGAGGACCAUGACCAUGAACGGUCACCAGACUCAAACCACAGUGCCACUGGAUUUGCGCACCACAAAGAGGGAGUGUGGGAACGGUGCCGCCUGGACUCCCACCAGCAAAGGUCUCUCCGUUCGGGUGAGAGUGCCGUAUCCCACUGCCCCACUCACGGAGGAUGACUGUCCAAACGGAAAUCCCAGCCCUACUGUGGAGCCGCUGGCGCAUCGUUGUGGAUCAUCGUUGAUAAAACCUCCUGUGAACACGGGAAACCCGGCAGUUCUGGAGAAAAAACACUCCCCAGCUGUAACUUCUCACACGCCAUUCACUCCGAACCCUGGUGAGCGCAGCACAACAGACACACGAACACAGGACAUAUCUUCCUCGAGGCUUCCUUUUAGGAAACGUCAAUUUCCUACCGAAUGGGAGACGCCGGAACAGUCACGUACCCCACCCGAGAGAGAGGAGCGCUUAUCCCCCUACAAAGACUUGUGCUGCAGACCGAGUCCUCCAAAUAUUUUUUUACAGAGCUACGACAAUGAGAAUAUUGGUUCCCUGGCAUCCGUCUCACACAGACAAUUGUCCGUCGCCAGCGGUUUUGACAAUGGACACCAAAGCGUCGGUCCGGUUCGUUCAAUGCAAGCACCCCGUCCUUACUAUCCCUAUCCAGGGUACCCAUUCUACUCCUGGCCCAGCAGGUCACCGCUGGUUGUGAACGUGCCUGUCUCUCACCUCCAGUCCUCUCUUUACCCGACGGGACACACCGAACACCUGCUGGCAGAUGUUGCCCAGGCGACGUGCCAAGAUGACGACGGCGACACGGCUCUUCACAUAGCAGUGGUGCAGGGGCAGGACGCUCAGAUCCAAAGAAUGAUCCUUCUCCUGGGACUGGUUCACACAGACCUGGACAUUUACAACAACCUGAGACAGACCCCUCUUCAUCUGGCUGUGAUUACCCAUCAGGCCCAGCUGGUGGAGGCAUUGCUGCGUGCGGGUGCUGACCCGCGGGCUCUGGACCGUAACGGUCAGACAACGGUCCACCUCUGCUGUGAACACGGCCAGCAGGCCUGCCUCUCUGUGGUCCUUUCCCACCCCUCCAUCUUGACUUGCCUGGAGGUCAGGAACUAUGAGGGCCUCACCCCUCUCCACCUAGCUGUACAGGGUGGACACAAGGAGCUGGUCAGAAUGCUGCUGGAUGCUGGGGCGGACAUCAACGCUAUGCAGGACAUCAAGAGUGGCCACAGUCCUCUCAUACACGCAGUAGAGAACAACAAUAUGGACAUGGUGCACUUCCUCAUAGAGAAUGACUGUAAUGUGAAUGGCCAGUCGUACAGUGGCAACACGGCCCUGCACUGUGCCUGUGGGCGAGGCCAGGUAGACACAGCCAGGCUGCUACUGAAGAACAGAGCCGACAGCAGUGUGAAGAACUACCACAAUGACACCCCCGCGAUGGUGGCCAAGAACAAGAAGGUAACAGAUGUACUACGAGGGAAGGGCUCCAGAAACCAGCAGCCCAAACCUCAGUGUGUACCAGCCUCACCACACAGGAGCACACCCCACUCACAGAACAGAGGUUCCCCAGGUUCCCCAUCUUUCACCAUUGGCCACUCCCACAGCUUCGCCUCUUCACCGCAGCGCAUCCCAUUCCCCCAGGGCACCUCCCACUCCCUCCCCUCACAGCCAAUCAGCAGAGAGCCUGUCAGGCCGCCAGUCUCCAAUGAAGAUCCAGGAGAGCGAGCAGCUGCCGGUGAGGCUUGGCUCCGACAGGAUGACUGCAGUGGACAACAGCCUGGCCCAGAGAAGGACCUACUCACUGACCCACAGCUACCCUCCAGCAAUGCACCACCAGUCCCCCAUCACUGAUGCUCAAAUAGGACAUCUACUAGCCUACUACUCCCCUGGAGUCCAGAGACCUCUUUAUCCAGAGCCUCCCUUUAUCCUCCUCCACACCAACAUCCCUUACCCAGCCACUGUCUCUACUUCCUCCCAAAUGACCCCUGGCCAAUCCCGGCCCUCCAGCCACUGCAGCGACCAAUCAGAUGUCUCCAUCACGAGCGUCAAUAUGGGCAACGGUAACAGUUGACAAAAGGUGCGCUUUCAGUGUCCCUGCUGAGUUAGGUUCCACCACUGUUUGAGUUAUUGGUUGGUGACUAGAAGGACUUGAGCUUAAAACAAGGAGGAAGUUUAUUUACUACUGUUGGACUAUAGAGCCUAUGCUGGUAUGAUUAUGUACUUCUAGCGCUCAGCUGGAUGCAUAUGGAUUUGUAAAGAGACUAAUACACUGGAAGAAUGAACGUUAUUGCAGUUUCCUGAAUAGACUUAAUUCAGAACUGUUAUCACCGUGUGUGUGAUGGCUGUGUGGAAACUGGAGCUCCACCAGGAGGUCUUGAAUGUUGCUACCUUACUUGAAAUUCAUGAUUAUUUUUCAGGCUCUCUUUUCUGGGUAACUGUUGUUUACUUUGAAUAAUGUAGAAUUGAUAAGUCCAAGAAUAAAUAUUUUUCUACAUUAUUUCCUCUCAUGCAUAGCACCACACGGACACAUGCACGACCUUAAUGGUCUUUAACGUCAUCAAAAGCCAAAAAUACAAAAGUUGUUUAUUUAUGAUUCUAAAUACAUUUCAUCACGGUCUGGUGAAAACCUCAACUCCAUUUCUGCCAAUGUUUGUUACAUGUAUUAAAAGCAGUAACUGCA